AUGACUACAUCCAAAGACCAAGAAAGCGGAAUGGGAGGACAGUUGAAGUGGAGGGAGGAAGAAAGCGCGAAUGAAAGAAGGCAACAUGAAUGUCUCAGGAAAUAUGAUAAAAUUGUGAACCAGAGUAGUCAACCUAGGAAGAAAUCUACUUCUGGUGCUGGGGCAAGCCACCCGAUUCCUACUACUGAAGCAGCCAUUUUGAACCAAGAAAGUGCUGAUCUUGGAGCCUCUUCCAAAAUUCCUUCCCCGACUAAAGCAGAGAAAGCCUCAGUUUUGGAGCAAACCUUAACCAAGCACCUCCGCGAUUUGCAACCCAACCAACCUCAGGAAUCAAGCUCCCCGGGCCGUGAUCCUUAA